AUGAAUCGCCACAGGAAGUUUUACAAUGAACUGGAUGACUACAUGGAUGACGACUACUACGAAGAAGAAGAUUACUACUAUGAGGAGGGGGAGGGUUAUUAUGGAGGUGAGGAAGCGCAGCAACCCGCUGGUGUCAGCAGAACGGAUAAUUUGGAGGGUCAAAAACCAGAGGAGUCGGAUAUUCACCGUUUAGAUAAGCAAGACGUUGAUUAUGAGUUGCUCCAAACGCUUUUACCGGGCUUCUAUGAGCAGUUGUUGACAACUAACGGUACGUGCAGGUGUGAUACGCCGCGUGCCGUCGAGGCGUUGCGCGCGUGUAAUUACGACGUGUGCCAGGCAGUAAGUGCAGUGACUUCAACUGUUGUGCGCCCUGCCGUAUCAACUCCAAUUCCUGGUAAAGGUCGGUCGCUAAAGGUGGGAUCAACUGCAAAGCGAGAAACCAGUAUGACGGCUUCCACCAAGGAACAGAUCGGAGCAGCAGUUGAUUUUUCCCCCUCCUCAGCGCAGCUGCAGCAACAACGGCAGCAGCAGCAACAACAACAUAAAGGUAAGAAGGACAUGGUCAAGGAAAUAGCUCCUGACCCAAGCAAACUGGAUUGCACAUUUAUCGUCGCUGGUCAUGUUGAUGCAGGCAAGAGCACAACCAUCGGGCAUUUGUUGUUGAUGCUGGGGAAGGUCACACAGUCAGAGGUGGACCGUAACGAGAAGAACGCUCGCCAAAUGAAGAAGGAGUCGUUUAAAUUUGCCUGGUUACUCGAUCAAUCGGAGGAGGAACGUCGACGUGGCGUAACAAUCGACGCGGGGUCGUACUGCUUUGAGACGGAGCAUCGUCGCAUCCACGUUCUAGAUGCGCCCGGUCACAAGGAUUAUGUCCUUAAUAUGAUGAGCAGUGCAGCACAGGCUGAUGCAGCACUUCUCGUUGUGACUGCAGGCACCUCCGAGUUUGAGGUGGGACUUGCUCAUGGGACGAAAGAGCAUCUUGUGAUACUGAAGAUGCUGGGCGUGGGGCACAUAGUUGUAGCUGUGAACAAAAUGGAUUCGGUUGGUUACAGCCAAGAGCGCUAUGAUUUCGUUGUUCGCGAGCUCAAAUACCUGUUGAAGCAGGUUCACUUCAAGGAAGAUGCGGUCGCUGGCUUCUGCCCAGUUAGUGGUAUUCAGGGAACAAACAUCAACGUCGUUGAUGUGGGGCUGACACCUUGGUAUAAAGGGCCGUCGUUGGUGGUGCUGCUUGAUCAAUGUCCGCUAGAAAGUAGGAUGAUGGGCACUCUGCUACGACUGAGUGUGCAGGACGUACAAGAUUCGAGGAUCUUUUGCAAGGUGGAAUGCGGAAAUGUGCAGAAAGGGGAGAAGUUGCUGUUCGUUCCGGCAGAUGUGAAGGUGCAAGUUCGAUCCAUAGAAAAACCUACAAUGGGUGGGCUCGUCCCCGCCGCUUUUGCGGGCGACACAAUUGUGAUUGACACCGCCUCUUCUCUUGUGGGUCUUGGACCGGGAUGUGUGGGAUGCAAAGCCGGUAGUGGUGACGCAACACGCUGCUCAACAGAUUUCAAGGCGCGCAUACAAACAUACACCACACUACAGAAGUCCAUCUUGCCCGGUGCCCGUUUUACGAUGGUGUGCCACGCAUUAACGGUGCAACUCCAAGUUCUGGUCCUUGUUUCCAAAAUGGACCGCUGUGGAAACUGGUCAUCUGGCAUGGUGAAGUGCAUUCCCAAGUCAACACAGGCGAUUAUCGUAUUUAGGGCCGAGCGGAAGGUUGCUUUGGAACCCGCGGAAGUGUGUCGUUCUUUGGGUCGUUUCGUGCUGCAGCAGGAUGGUGAAACUGUGGCUGGUGGACUGGUGGAGUCGAUCAUGCUUUGA